UUUGCCCGUAACAAUUAUGGCGGAGCAACGUGUGCAGCAGACUUCCGCCGGAAAGGCAUUUUGCGAUGUCUCGUACACAUAAUAGAUACUUCAACGAAGUUAGUGUAUAUUUGUAUACGAUUAUUUUGUAGAAACAUGGGACCUAUUAGCCGUUCCAGGAGCAGAAGUUCUGAUUAUUCACCGCGGAAAAGGCGGCACGGAAGCGACGAGCGAUCUCCAGACAGGAGAGUAAGAAGAUCUAGAUCCAGGGAACGAGUGGCUGUCAAUGAUCACCGCCGAAGCCGGUCCGGAGAGCAAGCUUUCUCAAGCCGACCCCACCACGGGAAACAAUGGGGAGACUACACUGAGAAGGGGAAGGAGGAGGUUUUGAGGCAAAGGCAGGACGCUUUCAUUGCAAGGCGUUUAAAAGAAAGAGAGAGAAUUGGUGAGCUUGGAGCUCCAGAAGUUUGGGGUCUUUCACCUAAAGUUCUUGAACCUGAUUCUGAUGAGCACACACCCGUAGAAGAGGACGAAAAGUCAAACAAAUCAAGCAGUUCUGAAUCUUCAGAAGAAGAGAAAAAGAAAAGGAAAAAGAAAAAAAAGAAAAAGUCUUCUAAGAAAAGGCGCAGAAAACAUUCGGAAGAUGACUCUGAAUCUGAUAGCAGUGAUGAAGAUAAGAAAAAGAAGUCUAAGAAAAGGAAGAAAAAACACAUGAAAAAGAAGUCAAAGAAAAAAAGAAGCAAGAAAGUAAAGGAAGAAAGCAGUGAUUCAAGCAGUGAAGAUUCAGAUGAUGAAAAAGAGGAAGAAGAUCAAUGGGUUGAGAAAACAAAAAAUAAUUUAGAUGAGUUUGAAUUUGUGGGACCAGAAGCACCAAUUACACAUCUGUCGCAAGAUGAUAAACCAUUAAAUUUUGGUCAUGCUUUGCUGCCUGGUGAAGGUGCAGCCAUGGCAGAGUAUGUGAAAGCUGGAAAGCGUAUUCCAAGAAGAGGUGAAAUUGGUCUAACGAGUGAUGAAAUUGCUUCAUUCGAAAAGUCUGGCUAUGUGAUGAGCGGUAGCAGACAUCGCCGUAUGGAGGCUGUGCGUCUGCGUAAGGAAAACCAGAUUUACAGUGCAGAUGAAAAGAGGGCCCUGGCGUCAUUCAAUCAAGAGGAAAGAAGUAAACGUGAAAACAAGAUCUUGUCCAGCUUCAGAGAGAUGGUUUAUAGAAAGACAAAAGGAAAGGAGGACAAAUAAACCAGUCACUGUGCGCUCCAGUUUUCCUUGUGAUGCUGUUGUCCUAUGCCUUUUAACUGGUGGACAUCUUUGUUUCCUGCUUGGUGUUGUAUUGAGUGAGAGGGAAAAAACUGUUGUGUUCAGUGGGACACAUUUAAAAAUGAGAGCUGAAAGUAUCCGUUUUAUUGUGUUUUCAUAUUUUUUACAUUAGAUGUUACAUAACAGCAAGCUCUAAUCUAGCAAUUCUAAAGGUUUAUUCUACUCUUUUGGUAAAUGUGAAUAGUAUUACAAUAGUAUUUCGAAUGUCUAAACUUUAUAAUGCUUCUAGAGACUUUGAGUCCCCUCUGCAGUAUACAUCAGGGACAUUACCAUUACAGCAUCCAUUAUAAUUUCCAAAUGAAUGAACAUUUGGAACAAGUCUUCUUUACGGUGUCACUGAGAGAACUUAAUGCAGCAAGUGUUCAUUUGAACAAAAUCAAUGUAUACAAUCAGUCAAUAAAAAAGUUUUUUUUUUAAUAAUUUGAUUUUUUUUUUAAUCAGGAGCUUUUUCACUAGUAAAAAUGACUGAGAUUCUCCAUUUAGAAUCUGAUUGCUAUGUACAUUCAAACAAGAUUUUUACCAAGUGAUAAUAAAAUAUUUACCAUA